UCUAGGAAAAGAAUAAGCGAAAGCAAAACAAUAAUUAUAGCUGCUGCUUUAUUUAAAACAUAAAUGUAGUUUAAUUUGUGUGCUAAUGCGUAAAUACCGAUAAGAGCAUUGCUAAAAAUAUAAGAGUGUUAUUUUUAAUGUGAUAAAUAGUUUACGCUCUAUUGUUUAUUGUUCUUCAAAGUUUUUUUCUUAAAUACGAAUUGCUGCAUAUUAAUUACAAUUGUGGUGCAAGAGCGAGUGAAACGCGAGUGCAUUUGAGAGAAAACGUGCCGACAAACGCAUUAUAAAUGCAAAAGUAUUAAGAAAAAUUGUAAGUCUGGCUGUGUGUGUGUGUGUGGCAAUUGCAAACAAAGUGUGAACAAAGAGAGAAAGGAUAAUGGAUAGCACAUUCCAUGAAGGAUGGCUGAUCAAAUCACCGCCCACCAAACGCAUUUGGCGUGCACGCUGGCGUCGUCGCUGGUUUACACUGAAGCAGGGCGAGAUACCGGAGCAGUUCUGCCUUGAAUAUUAUACGGAUCAGUUUUGCCGCAAGCUGAAGGGCGUCAUCGAUUUGGAUCAAUGCGAGCAAGUUGACUGCGGUCUACGCUUGGAGAAUCGCAAGCAAAAGUUUCAGUUCAUGUUUGAUAUUAAAACCCCAAAGCGCACUUAUUACCUGGCCGCGGAGACAGAGGCAAGCAUGCGUGAUUGGGUAAACUGCAUUUGUCAGGUGUGUCAUCUGCAUGAUACGAAGCAGUCCAAUGAACUGCAAUUGGGUGCAAUGGCGGCAACAGCGGCGGGCGCAGCAGCGCCAGCGGGUGAUGAGAAUCGCAGUGGACAGCAGCACACAAGCUCCAGCGGUGGCUUAAGCAACUCAACACAAAACACAACAACAACAUCGCUGCACUCCUCAGCUGGCUCCAGCGCACAGCUGCGACGUCCUGUCGUCAUCGAUCAGCAACCACAAAGUCUUCACAACAACAACAACAAUAACAACAACAAUUCGGACUCGGUGUAUGUUAAUACGGACUACAACAAUCGCGAAACUUUACUAUGCGAUGCACACUUUGAUCAGCAACAAUUGCUGCCUGCCGCACAGCAGCAACCGCCGCCGUCGCCCGCCACAGCGCUCUAUCUCAAUCAGAGCGCGCUCAUACAGGCGCAGGCACAGGCACAAGCUGCGGAGCAAGCACAGGCAGCCUCGCGUCUUGCAGUUAGCGCAAAUGGCGUUGUGCGCAAGCUGCCCGAGCAUUUGGUGCUCACGCAACAGAAUCUAGCGCAACAGCAGCAGCAGCAGCAGCAACAACACAACAGCAGCAGCAGCGUACAAGCUUCGCCCGCAUUGAGUACCGCUUCUGGGCCGUAUAUACCGCUCAGCGAGUGCUUUACAGGCAGCCCCAAGUUGCUGCUGGACAGCCACGCUGCUGCAGCGGGUGCUUUGAACAAUUUGGAUGAUACGCCGCGUAGCCACAACAACAUUUGCUUAAACCUGACCAACGCGCAGUCCUACUCACCCAAGAUAACCAACUGCAGCUCGCAAUUGGCCACAGCUGUGGGCAAGCAAUGCAGUCAGCGCUCUGACUCGGACUCUGAGGGCGUCUUUACGGAUGAUGAAUGGGCGCAUCCUUUACCGCUGCGUGAGAAUGUCGAUCGCAGCACGCGUCCCUCUGAUAGUUCCAUUGAGAACGAAUCCUUUGUGCUAACAUUUUCGCAACGUUUCUCCAAAAUGCCCGAAGAUGGUGUUGCCUUGGUGCCCACAGGCGCAGAUAAGGAGCUAGCUGGUGCCGCUGAUGCUGCAGGGCAAUUCACGCUCGAAAAGCUCGCCAAGGUGCUGAAGAACAAAAAUAAUCUCAUACUAGACUUUAAGGACAACGAAAAAAUAUCACGCGAACUGCCGCAGCUGUCGGAUACGGAGAACACAUCGCCCGCAAUUAUAGCGUCGCGUCAUUUAAAUUCAUCGUUGAUCGAGGAGAGCUAUGACAUUCCACGUUCCCAUCAGCUGCCCUAUUGCAACAUAGAUCAACUGCAAGGCGAACGCCAGUCGGUGACCAGUCCGCACAACUCCAAUCCCAUAGCUGCCUCCACGCCGAAUCUAAUGGCCGAGGCCAGCAUUAAUCCCAGCCUGAUGACGCACAGCAAAACAAUGGCGGCCAUUAAUUCGCCCAAUAGCGCUAAGACAUUGCCACGUCAGCAUUGUUAUACCAACGCUUGUCCCUCCAAAAUGGAAGGGAACGUAUUUCGUUAUGACUUCAUAGAACAAACCGAUUGUCCGCCAGUAAACCGCAAGCUCAAGCCGAAGCCAGCGGAGCACAAACCCACGCUGGAGGACAAGCCGCCAGAGGAGUUUCCGGCGAAGCCGCCUGUGGGCGUAUUGGAUCAGCUAAGCAGCAAGCUGCAGGCAACCAAACUGCCGCCCAGCGUGGAUCGCAAGUGUAAACCAAAUGCCAAUAAGCUUGGCUUGGGCAGCAUGUCGCCUGGCUCGCGUCGCUCCACGGGCGCACCGCUCUCUGUGCUGCUGCCUUCGGAUACAGACGUGCACUCGCUGCGUUUCCAUGAGACACGCACGCUGCCGCGCCAGCCCACCCGGCAGCAUCCCAACAGUCCAGGCGCACACUCGGUGCAGCAUCAACGCACUGCCAGCGCUAGCGUAGCCAUGACAUUGCGCCAACAGCAGCAGCAACAGCAGCAGCAACAACAGCAACAUAAGCUGCAGUAUCUGGAGCUAGAUGUGGCCAACAAGCCGCCGCUGCUGCAUGCCCAAAGCAUGAGCAUGGAUCAUCUGCCCAGCCAGGGUUCCAGCACAGGCAAACGUACUUGCCCCGCCGGCGCUCAAGCGACUACUACAGUCUACAAAUCCGUGGACUUUGUCAAGACCGAGGCCUUCAAGCGGGUGCGCGAGAAACGCAAUCAGGAGAAUAGCAGCCAGGACUGCGCCAACAGUAGCAACAACAAAUGAAAAACGUUUGUAACUCUAAUGUGCAAUAUGCAACAUGCUGCAUCGCUGCAUGCCACAUGUAGUGCCUUCGACAUUCGUCUUCAUAUUGACACAUUUCAUAUACAUAUAUACAUUUAUCGGUUUUAUAUACAUGCAUUAGUCUAUAAGUUAAGCUUAGCAUUUUUUAUGUACGCCGUGUGUCUUUUCGAAACGUGCUUCCAACAUUUCCCCUCCUUUUCCUUCAUAACUCACAACUGCUUGAGAAAUCAAAAUAAUAUUUCAGAUUUAGUGCUAUUUUUUAUAAAUAUAUAUUAUAUACUAU